UCAGUGCAAGCAGGUCUGUCAACGCGCAGUGCGAAUCCAUCGAUCGAUUACUACAUACAUCUAGCCACAUACAACAUGAAGUUCUUGCUCCUGAGCGUCUUCCUUUGCCUUGCCGUGUGCUUCAUGGCCACCAGUGCUGCUCCUCGCGAGGAGGCCAUUCCCGAUGGCUUCGAAGGUCCUGGCAGUGAGUCCGUCAACCCAUCCGACGACCAAUCCUUCCUGCUCAAGCUGAAGCUGCUCAAGAAGCUGCUGUUCCUGGGCUAGACACCACACCCUCACAUUUAUGGAUUUAUAGUUUAACUUAACAUGUGUUUAGGUUUUUAAGAAGAAAAACAAGAGUGAAAUUAAAGAAAGUAUUUGGUAACG